AUGAAGCAAUUUGAACUCGUUAAUCGGUAUAUAAAUAAGAAGAAAAGUAAUGAUUAUACGGAAACUAUAAAUUUUAGGGAAGAAAUUCCUGAUUACAAGACCAAAUUAUUGAAGCUACUAACAUAUAAACUCAAACAAUUUAUUCGUAAUCAAUCGAAUGCAAAAAGAUGUUUUACAUAUACCAUAAACGACAGACGUUUAUGGAUCACCAUCCAGAGCGGAUUAUAUAGCAUACGUGUCUUAAAAACAUUACUAAAGGAAGGUAUGUCCGUACAUACCAUUAUAAAAGCAAUGAAACUUGGUCUAGUAAGACUUAAUCGUUGUGAACUUUUCUACUUCAAAAGCUUCGAAGUAGAACCAUACACAUUGCAAUUCCAAGAUACGUGGACAAGUAAAUUCAGCGAUGAGCUUAUCUCAAAUUUAAGAUCUACAGGUUUAAGCGAAUCAGAAUGUUGGCAUAUAAUUAUAUAUGGAGUAGACUCUCAAAGUCCACGUAUCCUUUGUCGUUUAUUAUUAAACGGCAUUGAUGUUCCUGGAAUUAUAAAUUGGCAAUCUCCUGUUACUCAUGCAUCGCUAAAAAUAAUUCAGUUUUUGGAGCAUAUUGGAAUAAAAGAAGACGUUGUACAAUUAGUAGAACAGUACGGUAUUAACGAAGAGAUCGAGCAAAUACUAAGCAAUAUAGGAUAUGACGAAACGGAAGAAAAGGGCCUUACCAUGGAGGAAAUAAUAUGCGAAUGUAAUUUAACCAUGCUGGGAGAAGAAACCGAUAGUUCAGAAAUAAUAAAUAAUAUCUGUGAAACAAGUAAUUCAAGCACUUCUACUUCAAUUAAUACGUUAGAUUAUUCUCAACGAUGCAAUUCUCAAUGUCACCUUGGAACAGAAAAAAACAUAACGGAAGAAUUGUCUGUACAAAGAAAUAAUUAUUUAAGACAAAAUAUUAUGGUGCCUGUGGCGUGGGCAAUGGCAAAGGCUUUAAAAUAUGCACCAUCCGACCCGAUACAUUACAUAGCGUAUCAACUACUACGUUGGAAAAACAAUAAUAUUGUCCAAACUAAGAAAGAUACUAUUUACGAAGUUAUUGCAUUAGCUACAGUAACAAUGGAUCAUAAACUUAUCCUGAGAAUGAAAGAAAAAUUGGUUAAAAGUCUCAACGAGGAAGCUAUGGAAAAUGUUCCCUGUACUGUUUGCAAAGAUUAUCAGACGUUGCAUCGUAUCCAACAAAAAUGUUGGAAGUGUACAAAAAAAUUGGCUAGAAAGUACGAAACUUGUAAAUUCCAACAAGUAUGCAGUUCUUGUAAAAUCGACGGAAUAGAUUAA